UCGGGCUUAACUCGACCCGGCCCGACAAAUUUUAUAUCAGAGGUCCGACCCGACCCGGUGUAGACAGUAACUUAAAAUUAAAAUACGUAAUUCCGAAUUCCAAUCCCUAAUUCCUAAAUCGAAAUUGGGAGAACGUCGAACUGAGAAGAGAUCGUCUGCAACCACCGCCGGCGGCACCCACUCAACAUCGUGGUUCGGUAUCUGAGGAAAUAAUUUUCUGGGUCAUUAGAAGGUGCAAAGCUCGAUGGUGCAAAUUUACUUGGGGCAAUCAGAUAACAAUCAAGCAUUAUCAAUAUUUGAAUCCCUUUGAGCUUUGACGCUUUGCAUGUGUUUGAAAAGAAUCUGAGUUAAGUUGGAAUUUCAGUCUCAACUUCUGCAGCACAACAACAAUUGUCUCUAGAUUUAUUAGAUCGGAGAUUUUAACAGACAGAAUUUGAAUGGCUAUGUGUGAAUUUUCAUUUUAAAAUAUUCCACCAAAUAGAAGGUCCAAUUCCCUGAACAGCACCGCUUAAGAAAAAUUGGAGAAAGUAUAAUGAGAUUGGUGCAGGCAUGGUUCGUGCUAGUAACACUUGUUUUAGUUUUGAUUCCAUCGAAUGCUGUUUCUGGAUCUUUGCAUCCAACAACCGAUGAGGCUUAUGUCACACUCCUGUACGGAGAUGAGUUUUUGUUGGGGGUUCGAGUCCUUGGGAAAUCGAUUAAGGAUACCAGAUCAACCAAGGAUAUGGUGGUUCUGGUCUCAGAUGGUGUUUCCGAUUAUGCCAUGACACUUCUCAAGGCGGAUGGGUGGAUAGUGAAAAAGAUUAGUUUGUUGGAAAAUCCAAAUCAAGUGAGGCCAACAAGGUUUUGGGGUGUCUACACAAAGUUAAAAAUAUUUAACAUGACUGACUACAAGAAAGUUGUAUAUCUUGAUGCGGAUACUAUUGUGGUAAAAAGUAUUGAGGAUCUUUUUAAAUGCCGGAAAUUCUGUGCUAACUUGAAGCAUUCUGAGAGAUUGAACUCUGGUGUAAUGGUAGUAGAACCAUCACAAAAAGUUUUUGAUGAUAUGAUGAGCAAAGUGAACACUCUACAAUCUUAUACUGGAGGAGAUCAAGGGUUUCUGAAUUCAUAUUACUCUGACUUUCCCAAUGCCCAUCUCUUUGAGCCAAAUUUAUCACAAGAGGUACUGAAGUCUAGACCAGUACCUGAAAUGGAGCGACUUUCCACUCUAUAUAAUGCAGAUGUGGGUCUUUACAUGCUCGCUAACAAGUGGAUGGUAAAUGAAAGUGAACUUCGUGUUAUCCACUACACUCUUGGUCCUCUUAAACCUUGGGACUGGUGGACGUCUUGGCUUUUAAAACCUGUUGAUGUUUGGCAGAAUGUUAGGGAGCAACUUGCAGAAACACUUCCUGGAACUGGAGGAGGCAGUAAUCCAAAUGAUAGUUUUCUUGUCAAAUUCCUGUUCUUGCUACCAUUUUUGGCUCUUGGCUUUUGUUACUAUCGAUCAUUUUUAAAGACUCGUGAACACUUAAACUCAUUAUGUAACCAUAUCAGGCAUCUUUACUAUAAGAUUAGAUCUUUUGGAACAAUUUCUUAUUCUAGUGUUUCCACAUCAUCCACCAAUAAUUUAAAUUACCAGGCUAAGAUACCUGUCUAUUUAGGUGGGAUCUCAGUCGUCAUCUGUUUUAUGGCCGCUCUAGUGGCCCUUGCCCUUGCUCUUGCAAUUGUGCCACGACAAGUUAUGCCAUGGACUGGUCUACUUUUGAUGUAUGAAUGGACAUUCACGAUCUUCUUUUUGUUAUUUGGAGGUUAUCUUCGUCUAAUAUAUCAAUGGGGAUCGACAGCAGCAUUGCAAGCAGGAUCCCCUUCCUCUCAUUCUGAUUCUCGUGAUGAUGAUUCCGGAAAAGGUCAUCAUCGUCUCACAUCAUCAUGUGAUUUUGCUAAUUGGUAUUAUGGACUUGUAAUGGCGUUUUUGGCCAUCAUUGCCCCAUCAUUGCCAUGUUUUCUAGGAAUUACUGCUCUAUUUGCAAGGUUAGCAUUAAUGGUAGCUGGGGGUUUAGUGUUAGCAUCUUUCAUGACCUAUGCAUCUGAGCAUCUUGCAAUUAGGGCAUUUUUUAGGGGUCUUGAAGAUCGUGAUGCUGCAAGAAGUAGUAGUAGUAGUAGGACCUCUUCUUUUUGUUGAUCAAUGCUAAAUUUUUGGUCCUUUGUGCUUCAUGUUGCAAGUUUUCUUUUUUGGUUGUAAAUUAGUGCAAAUUUUUGUCCUAAUACUGUUAUCUUUCAGCUACUUGAAAAAGAAAGGUAACAUCUCAAUUGGGAAUUUGGAAUGUAUAAUUGUAAUUUGUGUAGUUAUUUAUUUCUGAGAUUAUAGAAAAAUCUUGAACUUUCUUGUUUGGUUCUA